AUGGCCACUCCUUUGAUCCUAAAAACUUCUCUUUUCUCUACCCGACACAUCCACCACCUCCACCGCUAUUACCCUUUCUCUGCAAUUCUUUUCUUCUCCACAACAUCGCAUAAACCUCCCAAGCUUCGUUCCCUCAAAUCCAUAAAGAUGGAAGGUGGAAAUGAAAUAACAGAAGAAGCCAAAGAGAAUGUGAAUCAGCAGCAGCAGAAGAAGAAAAUAUUUGUGGCUGGAGCCACUGGUAGCACUGGAAAAAGGAUUGUUGAGCAGCUUCUAGCAAAGGGUUUUGAGGUCAAGGCUGGUGUUAGAGAUUUAGACAAGGCCAAAACUAGUCUUUCUGAAAACAACCCAUCUCUUCAAAUUGUCAAAGCGGAUGUAACUGCGGGGUCUGAGAAGCUUGUGCAGGCCAUAGGGGAUGAUUCUGAGGCUGUAAUAUGUGCCACUGGGUUUCGCCCUAGCUGGGACUUGUUUGCUCCUUGGAAGGUCGACAAUUUUGGCACUGUGAACCUUGUUGAAGCUUGCCGUAAACUUGGCGUGAACAGAUUCAUUCUUAUAAGCUCAAUUUUAGUCAAUGGAGCUUCAAUGGGGCAGAUACUUAAUCCAGCUUACAUUUUUCUCAAUAUUUUUGGCCUGACCCUAGUAGCAAAGCUUCAGGCAGAGAAUUACAUCAGGAAAUCUGGCAUAAACUACACUAUAAUUAGACCGGGUGGUUUGAGAAAUGAACCACCAUCAGGAAAUCUUGUAAUGGAGUCAGAGGAUACUCUUUAUGAAGGUACCAUAUCAAGAGAUCUGGUUGCAGAAGUUGCCGUCGAGGCAUUACGUCUUCCAGAAUCAUCGUACAAAGUCGUGGAAAUAGUCUCUCGUGCUGAUGCUCCUAAGCGUACAUACAAGGAUCUUUUUGGUUCUAUUAAGCAACGGUGA